CCCCCCCCUCCCACUCUCUCCCCUUCCCCCCAUCGACCACUUCUGAUCCCUCUUGACCAUCUCCCACCUCCCCACUAAAAACUCAAAAAGAGAAAGAAAUCAACCAUAUUUAAAGAUAACAACUAACGAACAGCACUUACACUCAACAUGUCAAGCCAGACCCAUCGUCAGAGUAACUACAAGAAUAAAAAUCUAUUCAAGAACGAUGAACUGCGUCGAAGGCGUGAAGAACAGCAGGUCGAAAUCAGGAAGGCCAAACGAGAGGAAUGUGUUGCCAAACGACGUAACUACCAAGUAGAUGCCAGUGGUCCGGAUUCCGACGACGAAAGCGUCGCCACAGCCCUCGAUUCUCAGCUUCAGGAGCAACUGCCGCUGAUGGUCCAAGGGGUCUUCUCGGACACGGUAGAUGAUCAACUGGAAGCAACGACCAAGUUCCGAAAGUUGCUGUCCAAAGAAAAGAACCCACCGAUCGAGAAGGUGAUCGAAUGCGGUGUCGUCACUCGGUUUGUGGAGUUUUUGAGGAGCCCUCACUCGAUGAUUCAGUUUGAAGCUGCAUGGGCAUUAACAAAUAUCGCCUCUGGAACUUCUGACCACACCACUGUUGUCAUCGAAGCCGGAGCGGUACCGAUCUUUAUCGAGUUGCUCUCCUCGACCGUCCUCGAUGUUCGUGAGCAGGCCGUCUGGGCCCUCGGCAACAUCGCUGGUGACAGCCCGGCCUGUCGUGAUUAUGUCUUGAAUCAAGGCGCUCUUCGGCCACUACUUGACCUUCUUAACGAAAACCAUAAGCUUAGUAUGCUCAGGAACGCCACCUGGACACUCUCUAACUUCUGUCGUGGAAAAAAUCCACAACCCAACUGGGAUCUGAUUUGCCCAGCUCUAAGUGUAUUGACCAAGUUGAUCUACUCGAUGGAUGACGAAGUUUUGAUCGAUGCAUGCUGGGCUAUCUCAUACCUGUCUGAUGGAUCGAAUGACAAGAUUCAAACUGUUAUCGAGUCGGGUGUUGUUCGAAGAUUGGUUGAUCUGCUCAUGCAUCCAUCUACUGCCGUCCAAACACCAGCCCUCCGAUCGGUUGGCAACAUCGUUACAGGUGACGACUUACAGACGCAGGUUGUGAUUGCAUCAGGAGCUCUGGCGGCGCUCCUCUCUUUACUCUCCUCGUCAAAGGAUGGGAUUCGAAAGGAGGCCUGCUGGACGAUCUCGAACAUCACCGCGGGCUCGCCGCACCAGAUCCAGGCGGUCAUUGAAGCUGGGAUCAUCCCCCCGCUGAUCAACAUCCUUCAGAAUGCUGACUUCAAGACCAAGAAGGAGGCCGCGUGGGCGAUCUCUAACGCUACUAGCGGUGGCCUCCAGGAGCCCCAACAGAUCCGCUACCUCGUCGAAAAUGGCUGCAUCAAGCCUCUUUGCGACCUCUUGAAGGCCCUGGACAAUAAGAUCAUCCAAGUCGCUCUCGACGGACUCGACAAUAUUCUCAAGGUCGGAGAGACCGAUAAGGAGGAACAUAACGGCGUCAAUCUCUAUGCGACUUAUAUCGAAGAAGCCGGAGGGAUGCACACGAUUCACAAUCUCCAACAUCACGAAAACCUGGAGAUCUACAAGAAAUGUUUCUACAUUAUGGAUAAAUAUUACACGGAUGAAGAUGGAGAAGAGACAGGGAUUGGUGGGCCAACAACCGACGAGACAGGCGCGUUUGCCUUCCAAAGUGACGUCGCUGCUCCUCAAGGUGGCUUCUCCUUCGGCCUUGCUGAGGGUGAUUCUACUGAGACCGCAGCUAAUCCUGCACCUGACCAGAACAUGUCUUGAAAAAUCCUUAUGAAUGUCAUCUCUUUCUCCAUACCCCCCCCCCCCUCCUAGCUCUCUCCUCGUCUCUUCUUUAAUCAGAUUGUUUUGUCUCGGUUCUUUCUUUCCUCUUCCUUCCUUUUUUACGAUUCAUGAAUGAUCAAUGAUGUUUUCUUUGUUUUCUUUUCUUUUUGUUCAAUUGAUUCAUUUUUUUUUUUUUGCCCAUUUGUUCUUUUUUUGCUGUCUAUCUACAUAUCUCCUUUUUUUUGGAUUUUGUUUUCUCUUUUUUUUUUCUUAUUUUUUU